UAGGGGUCAGACACUACAUAUAUGCAAGGACUUCCUCUUUGUUUAGGCGCAAAUGAUUGAAGCAGUAAUGCAUAGGUGAUCGUGUUGUCCCUCAGUAGUUACUUUUCUGCAGGGAAAAGAAAUGUCAAAACUAGUUUCCCUUGCUUUGAAUGAUAACAGAUCGCGUAGCUUUUUGAAAAUAGGGGAAAAAAAGUAUGUUGCACUAUAAUCACCCCAGCAGAGCAUUGAUCAGUAGGCUCAUUCUUCUCCUCGACCACCUCAGUAAACGUCUGAUUACACGGUCGGGAGCGCAGCCGUCAGAUAAGAGCAGGCGGCGGCUGGGAGGCAGCAGCAUGUUCCAGGUCGAGGAUGAGGAGGGCACGAGGGCUGCGGGCUGCAGAGACCCGGUGAGGGAGGGAGGAGACCGGCACGGGGCUGCAGAGCUCACACAGCAAGACAUGGACAUCUACACAAUCCAUAGAGAGGCGUGUGAGGCAAAGAAGCAGAUGUACGUCGACCCUUCCAGCGGGUAUAAAGUGUUCACAGAGUAUGCCCACCUUCAGAGAGGGAGAUGCUGUGGCAGCGCAUGCAGACAUUGUCCAUACGGUCAGGUGAACGUCAAGGACCCUGCAAUGAAGAAACGCUUUAACUCACUAUUUUAUGUAUAGACCUAACAUACUCAUGCCAAAGGUAAAGCUGCAGAUGACAGAACCCACUGCACGUUGCUUGUCUUCUGCCUGUCGUUAUUUGGACUACUUGAGAGUCAUUUUUUAGCCGUGUAAUAAAUGAUGAAAUAUGGGUAGCGUCUGUGCAAUGCCUACCUCUUAUGAAUCUCAACUAUUCUUAGGAUUAUUUUCAUUCUCGCAAAAACAUUGAAGGGGGGAGAAAGGGUCUUUUCACUAUGUAAAAUAGCCUUUAAUCACAUUUUUGUUUUGUUAUUUUUCUUUUCAGAUAUUUCUUUCCCUCUCCAAUGUCCAAUGAAAUGCCUUGAGCUUCAUUGUUCAUUCCUCUUCAAGAGCAUUUAAUAUUUUGUCGUAUUCUGCUCCUCUGAUGCAUUUACAAGGGUUGUGGGAGUAUGGAGAUGAAAACUGAAAGUGCAUUUUAGAUCUUCGCCCUCAAGAUAAAGGGCAUAUAAGCGAAAGUAACUGCAGAUAGUCAGCUGGAGCCUUGUGCUCUUCAGCUUUGCAUCUCUUGUUAUUUUUCUCUCCCAAAUGUACGACUGCAUAAAUAUUAGCAUCAUUUACACUCCACAAGUGCUUGACUGAACUGUCUACCUUUGACUGAAAUACUGUGUUGUUAAAAAUAGGAAGGGGCCAAGGGUCAGCCCUCACACUUGGCUGCUCUGCUUUUACACCACUUGAUGGAAUCAGGCUGUUAGCAAACAUGCCAUGGACAUCAACAGCAGCCCUCCCCACCGGACCUGCAACUCAGCCUCCUGGCAACACUUGGCUACAGUAUAGCUCCCUGCGGCUGCUCUCCUGAGCUGCAGCCUAAUGAACUCCUGGGCCCUCUUAUCCCAGGACUGCAAUAGAUCAGCUCAUGUUCACCGGCAUGCUGAGACGCACACAUGCAUAGGCAGGCUUACUCCAAUCGAACACCCUGUGGCUCCUAAUAGGCCAAUAUAGAAUAAAGGUUGUACUUAACACUACACUUUGGAGCCCACAGUAAUAGUACUAGGUAAGGUCAAGCGCUCACACUGCACUACCUGUGCGUGCAGGAGAUGUUGAGGAAAGAUGCGCCACUUGAUUUGUGAGUGCAUGUGGGUAGGCAGCGCGAUGCCUUCAGGCGCUCGCUCUGAACCUGCCACACACACUCGCCUGUCUCCGCCUGAUUGGGCAAACAGCGUCGUGAUGAGAGGAUGUGUCUGCCGCGGGAUUCUGUCGCAGCCGCCUACUGGCGCAGCCACAAUUUUCCUCGGCAGGUGGGUCCCAAAGGCAAGUGCUUAGUGAUCGGAGCAAAGCCCUGUGAGCGGCUACAAGGAGAUUCAUGAUCCCAACAGUGCUGGGGAGGACAGGUUCUGGGGACGCGUCAUCAGGCGGGAUGAGAGGCGAAUUUAUUUGGUGUUAUUCUAAACUGAGGCAGCGGAGCGUGCGGCAGCAACAUUUCUACAGCGGGACGGUGAAGGUGUCACACUCAUCAAGUACCUGGGCCCGCUUGCCUGCCGCGGCUCUGCGGGUUUUGCCUAGGGACUUGUCUGUCACAUUAAAGUAGAUGCAUUGCCAUUCAGGGCCUCGGCGGUCCCACAGCCUGACCAUGAAAUAGGCCAACUUUCAUGUCUGCCUCAUCCCUCCACGUCUUCCCAAUCCAGUGAUGGCACAGUUUGAAUUUUUUUUUUUUUUUUUUCAUCAUCCUCUAACCUAGCAUUUGGUGACUGAGACCCAAACAGCACAGCUACCCUAUGGACAGAUUUCUACAGAACUAUUUACACUUUCUACCUGUAGACUGGUGCAAUGAUUAAAAUAGCCUGUAGUGUUGAAAAAACUUUUGGCCUCGGUGAAAAUUUCUUGAAUGGUGCCAUAAAUAUACACUGGUACGUCAAUACACUGUCACAUUUGUUUAUUUUAUUGCAUAAAUAAUCAUAUGUCAAAUUUCUUCCAUCAAUUAAAU